AUGAAAGGGCCCACGCUCCUAUCUAUAGCGUAUUCUGCGGCUACUUUUUCCACCUUUUAUAUCUUUUUUACAUACCCAAUUGCAUGGAUAAACUAUGCUGAGCGGCCUGAAUAUGAAGUGGUGAACUAUACGAACUAUUCCACAGUAAUUGCAGAAGAAUCAGGAAAUUUCACGUGCACGCUUUAUAUGGAUUAUAAGGAUGCCGAAGACCGAAUGAAAUUUGCGAAUGACAUCAAUACGUGGUAUGUCUUAGGGUUUGCAUUUUGUGACUAUAUACUUAUGGUUACUUGUGCUAUAGGCUCUAUUGUAUAUUGGUAUUAUGUAAUUAAAGAUCCUAAUGAUAAGCAAAACUUAAAACGACAUAUUGUGGUGGAACUCCUAGCUCUGGUUUCUUUAUUGAUAAUCUCACCUCUUAGCUACCCAGCGCUUAUAGAUGACUACAAAAUGUGCAUGGAUGAUAAUUUGCUUAUGAGGUAUGGGUAUUUUAUGAUUAUCCAGAUGAUGUUCUUUGUCAGCCUUUGUGGAGGAGCUUUACUUUAUUUGCUGAUUUUCAAUCAGCACGUUAUGAAAUCCAGACUUGGAGAAAAGCCGGUUAUAUGCUUGCUGGGGCUGGCUAAAUUUUUAUCUGGGGCUUUAUCAAUUGGGUUUUUAUUGCUUUCUGCUUUAAUUGUCUAUCAUUCUAACACAAAAAUAGCUUUGCUUGUGAUUCUUUGUGACGAAGGGGUAGGAUUGAUUACAUUAAUUUACGACGUGUGGAAGCAUAAUUUGAUAUCAGAGAUCCAACCUAUCAUAGGGCCUAAAGCAGUUAAAUCAAGUAGCUAA